CAGAGGAUGCUCGAUGAGGGGACUAGUCUCUUCUCUGUCUAUUUACUUUCUUCCUCUUUCUUUAGGUUCUCUUAGAACUGGAGGAGUUUUUUUCUCUUUUCGGGUAAUGAUGAUAUUCAUAUAUAGAGAGAAAGAGAAAAAGAAAGACAGGGAAUGAAGAUGAUAUAGACAGGGAGGGAAAGAAAGAGAAAUAAGAGUAAGAGAGUAAGAGAGUAAGAGAAAAGCCAAAAUGGCGAGUUACAUUGGGUUAACAUAGGAAUAGGAAUAAUAUCUUGGUAAGAGAAGAGACUGAUUUUUUAUUCGUAACUUUUUUCUCUUUCUUUUCUUUCUUUCUUUUUAUUUUCUCUUUCAUAUACACGAACUGUCUCUUUCUUUUUUUCCUCUGUCUAUUUUACUUUCUUUUUACUUUAUGCUGGUUGUUUUUAAUGCUAAAGAUGAAGAUGAAAUUAAAAUUAAAUCUGUGGUCAAUUAAUCAAUUUAUCAUCGAUAAAUAAACCAAAUUUAAUUUAAAUUGUCUCUUUGAUUGUAAAUCUUUUUCUUUGUUUUCUCAGUGAUUUACUCUUGGAGUGAUAACUCCAACACUCCAACAACACAAAUAACAACAACAUCAUAACAAUAACAAUAAGAACCAAAGGAAAACCAAGAAAGAGAGUAAACAAAAACCAUCGACAUUUCAUCCGCUGAUCAUUUCCAAUAAUCAUUUAAUUAACCGAUUAAUUGAUUGUCUCGAGUAUCCCAAUCGUCUUAUUAAUAACCAGUGGCGAGUGAAGGGCUGAUGGUCAAGGGAUUUCUUCGUAUUCAUCACGAUAUUUGAACUCGAUUUCUUUUCCCUGUGUGUUGAUGGUUGAGUUUCGAAAAGGAUUCAGAAGAGAAACUAUCGAAAACAACAUUCGAUGAGAUAAUAACAAUCUCAAGAUAAGCUACAAGAUACAAAGGUAACUUUGUUCUGAUUGAGAAGAAACAAUCAACUUUUCCCUGAGAAUUUCAACUUUUUUUUCCAAUACAACAUUCGAUUGGUUUUCCCUGGACUGAGAAUUGUUUCAAUUCUUCAUCUCUAGUAGCAAUUAAGAGAAAACACUUAUCCAUCGUCAUCAAAUUGGCUUUUAGAGAGAAAAAGAAGUUUAAAGAAUAAUUUAUCUUUAUCGUCGAUAUCAUCAUGGCAAUGGAAUACUGAAGGAAAGGAAAAGUCAAAUAAAAUCGAAAAUAAGAGAAAAAUAACAAUCGAAAUCAAGGAAAAUUAUCAAAUAGAAAUCGAAGCAAAUAAAAUAGAACGAAAACUUUAUCCUCAUCUGAUUCUGGACAAUGGACAUGGAAUUAUCUUCAGAUUCUCUAGGUGAUGAUGUUCUGCAUGAAGAUGAUGUUUCUCUGUUCAAUUCAACAUCACCGAUACCAGAAUCGAGCGAAUCAUUAACAUCUCUAUCAGCAGUUGAACCGACAAUUGAUUCAUGUGAUCCAACAAUGGACACCACAAGAUCAGAACUCGUUGAAUCAUCCGACUCAUCGGAUUUACUGAGUAUCACCAAUCAACGACAUGGUGAUUACAAUCAAAAUCCAGAAGAAAAUAUAACAAGUAUAGUUGAAAAUGAUGACGACGAUGACAACAAUCAAGAACCAUGUAUCCUACCCGAAGGUAUGGUAAUGGUAACACUAUCAACAACCCAACCAAUAAUUCAAUUAUCACCAAGUAUUGUUAAAUCAUUUACUCAAACAAAUCAUAAAGGAGAGACACAAAAUAUCAGCAAUAAUAAUAAUAAUCAUCUAAUUAGUAGUGAUAGUGGUAAAAGUAGCAGGAGUAUCAGUUGUAUUAUCAGUAAUACAAACAGUUAUUCAAACACUUACAACGAUAAUGAUAAUGAGCAAGAUGAUGAAAACACUAAUGAUAAAGUUAAUUGUGACAAUAAGAUGAAGCAAAAUAACAAUUUUGAUUGUGUUAACAAUGAUGAGAAUGUAAAUGUUACAAUUAAAGGGAGAAACAAGAAUCAGGAUGGCAGCAGUGUCGCUCCAUUGAUAACCACUGAUAACAACAAUUCUGAUGAGGAAAAUGUUGUUAGUGUUACUCAAGAUAUCCAAGGGAUAACAACAACAUUAACAACGACAAAAACAACAACAACAUCUACGACUGAUUGUUCAUUACAUUUAUCAUCUUUAUCUUCAUCUCCGUCAUCAUUAGUAACCAGAGGGGAGAAAUCAUCACCAAUACUACCAUCAUCAUCAUCAUCAUCAUCGUCUUCUUGUUCAAUUGUUGUGACAACAAGUAUAGAGGAGGAAGAAGUUGUUGUUGGUGGUGAAGAGAAUCGAGAACAACAACAAGGAGAAGAAGGAGAAAAUCGUGAAGGAGAAAUUAUUUUGCAAGAGGAAUUAGUUGGAGAAGGCGGAUUAGAGGAUAUUAUUGGUGAAGAAGAAGUUAUCACAACAGAAACGGUAAACAACUUCAGUGAGUCUGGGCCACAAAGGAUCUCGGUUGUCAACAGCAACUUACAACACAGUAUCAGUGGCGAUUGUAUCAGUUCAAUAUCAACAUCACAGGGAAUCACAUCCACAUUAACCGGAGGUGUUAUUACCAAUACAUCAAGUUUACCUCUUUCGACAACUGUACUCGUUUUACCGGUCAACUCUGUUGUUCAGCGAAAUCAUCAUCAUCAUCAUCAACAGCAACAACAUUCACACCUUAAAUCGUCACCUGGUUCACUUAAUCAUCAGCUUAACCUUUCUCAUCAACAACAUUUAGGUGAUUCUAUUGUUAUUGUUGAUCCUAUUGAUUGUUCUGUUGAUUCUGUUUUAGAGCCACCGGAAUUGUUACCUGCCCAUGAGAUUGUCUCUGAAAUAGCAGCGGUUGCCGCUGCUGCUGGUGGCUCAUUGUCAUCAACUAGUGAAUUAGUUGAAGUAAAAUCUUCAUCAACCUUAUCCUUAACUAGUACUACAACUACAACAGCCUUAAGUAAUCAGGUUACAAGUGAAAGUGUUGGUUUAAUUGUUGGUGAAACUGAUGAGACAAGGAAAUUGGUCAAUGUUGAUGAAAAUAAUGUUCUCGUUGACCCAAUCGUUAGCGUGACCAGUGUUGGUCAAACUGAUUCUCAUUUAAAUCUUCUAACUGAUACUGUUACCUCUUCACCUAAUUCACCUUCGACUGAUUUAUUAACGGGUCUUGAUUUAGUUGAAGAAGAGCAAGUUAAUGAAGAAAUUGUUGGCCAUAUAAGUGAAGAAGGUGAUAUUUGUGACUCUUCUGUGGUUGUCAGUGUUGUUCCUACUUCGGUUUUAGAUCAAGUUGAAUUAAUUGUAGAACGUGAAGAUUUAGAGGAGGAGGAAGAAGAAGAAGAAGAAGAAGAAGAAGAGAGGAAGACGAAGACGAAGAGGACGAAACGUCGAGGUAAAAGUAAUAAUAACAUUAAGACAGAAAAUACAAGUACACGAGGAAAGAAAAGCCGAUUAACGGUAACAUCGACUGCAAGGAAUAGUGGAACUACAACUACUCGUGCGACUAAACAUCGACGUUUAUCAUCACCGCCCUCGUCAUCAACUUCAUCAUCGCCAAUUGUUGACGAACAAGCAAAUAGUAAUACAAGUGAAACCACCGGUGAUAAUCCGAGGAUGAUUGAUGCAACCGAUUUUCGUAAUGUCCUCAACACUGAGCCCACCUAUCAGACUCUGAAUGGGCGGAUGACACCGCCAGGAUUUCCCACCUCAUCCUCAAGCUAUGCCACUUUAACACCCUUGCAACCUUUACCACCCAUUUCCACCAUGUCUGAUAAGUUCAGUCACUAUGGUCAUCAUCAUGGAAAUGGUGGUUUCUCACUGAUGCAAAAUGUUACCAGUUCAGGCCUUGGGAUGGGUUCAAUGGGUUCCAAUUCAGUUUAUUCAUCUCAAUAUGAUAAGAUGGUCGCUGUUGCCGCUGCAGGAAUGACAAUGUCCCCGUUGACCCAUUCACAACAAUCAUCACCAUCAGGAAGUCCAAUGGGUCAUCUUCUCCAUCCUCUUACCAUUCCAAUGGACUCGCAUCACCCACCGAGAAAAGCCUCUCACCCACCAAUGGUUAUGAUUAUUCCACUCUACCGAGGUUUAGGAUCACCUUCAAGUCCUUCCUCUGUAAAUUUACACUCACCCAACUCACUGUUACCCUCUUUAAACGGACUUCCCUCCAGUCCACCACCUUCAUCAACAAGUCACCAUCAUUCAGCUCAAAUGACACCACCAUCACCAAGCCAUCAUCACCACCACCAGCAACAUCAUCACCAACAACAACAACAACACCAUCAGGCUGCUGUUGCAGCAGCCGCAGCCGCAGCUCUUUCCAGUGCCCAGCAUCUCACUCUAGCCGGUAUUCCGGUUACAUCAUCUCCAAUUAAUCAUCAUCAUCAUCACCACCAUCAUCAAUUAACAUCAACAAUUGUCUCAACUCCAUUGGCUAUUGUUGCAACAGCAAAUUCCCUCCGAUCGGCAUCAGUAACUCCCAUCCCAGCGGCAAUUGUACCAACUGGUCAUCCAGUUACAAUUGUCCAGGCUUCAUCAUCAUCCCAAGAAUCGGUUGCUAAUAGUGAUCUUGGAUCGGCUUGUGUCCCUGAACCCGUCGCUCUUUUAUCAACAGUAAAUGCAAUUCAAUCGGCUGAAGAGAAAACUGUUAUCCAACAUCAUCCAGGUAAUUCUAUUUCCGGUUCUGUACAGAUUAAUGUUUCACCGGUUUUAAUAACAUCCGGAAGUAAACGUUCAUCAAGUUUAACAAUAAGCUCAAAGAUUGACAAUAACCAUGGAACUGUAAUAACACCUUCAUCAGGAGGAGGUUCAGUCUCAACCACCUCAUCAACACCAUCCUCUUCAUCCUCAACCUCAUCCUCAAACAACAACAACAAUCAUACGAAUGCCAGUUCUACAAAUAAUAGUAAUAACAACAACACCAAUAAUAACAGUAAUAACAAUUCAAAUAGUAAUAAUGAUAAUUCAACUGCAAAUAAUUCAUCUUCAAAUAAUCUUCUCAAUCUUCAACUUCAACAACCCGGUUCAGUGGCCAGUUCAUCGGAUGAGAUUGAAGAGAUUAAUACAAAAGAACUUGCUCAAAGGAUAAGUGCAGAGCUUAAAAGGUAUUCAAUACCUCAGGCCAUUUUCGCCCAACGGGUACUUUGCCGAUCCCAGGGAACACUGUCUGAUCUAUUGAGGAAUCCUAAACCUUGGAGUAAACUUAAAUCAGGAAGAGAAACUUUUCGUCGAAUGUACAAAUGGCUGGAAGAACCAGAAUUUAGUCGUAUGUCAUCACUUCGACUUGCAGGUAAGGAACUGAUUACAUCUAUUAACGUUCCCGAUAUGAGUUGGGACCAAUCAUGUAAACGUAAAGAUGAACCGACCAGUAACAUGACCUCAACCAACACCAACAAUAACAAUAAUAACACCAAUAAUAAUAAUAACAAUAAUAAUAAUAAUAACACCAGUACCAAUAGUAACUCGGUGACAAGUAAUAAACAAGCAUCGGCACCUAAGAAGCCACGACUUGUGUUCACUGAUCUUCAACGACGAACCCUUCAGGCCAUUUUUAAGGAAACAAAGCGACCUUCAAAGGAGAUGCAAAUAACAAUUUCACAACAAUUAGGUCUUGAUUUAUCGACGGUGGGCAAUUUUUUCAUGAAUGCCCGUCGUAGGUCACAAGAUAAAUGGAUGGACGAUGCAUCGGACAUUUCAAAGGCCUCGUCACCAAUCAAUUCAGCCUCCAACUCUCCUGCCUCAUCAGCCUCCCAUCAUAUCGGUGGACCAAGUGGUACAAGCUCAUCGUCCAGAGGUGGUGGUGGAGGUGGCGGUGGGUCAAAUGGAGCAAAUUCAACUGGAAACUCUGUUGUAAUUAAAGGUCAACUGAUCGGUCAACCAACAUCAGUUGUUACUUUAGGAGUUGUCACAUCAACAACAUCUUCAUGCACAUAAUAAACCAGCAAAUCUUUAACUCAACUUAAAUUUACCUGCGCAAUUAACUUAAUCAUCUCAUCAUCUUCAUUUUUACAAUCAUCUUACUACAAUUUUCUCAGCUGAUUAACAACAACAACAAACAAACAAAACUGUUAAUCAAAAUUAACUUUGUUUCUUUUUUUUAACCCAAAAAAAAGUUCAUAUUCAUUUCUUUCAAAGUGCAACUGAUUCUGGUCUCGUUUUUAUUUUACUUUAAUUGUUAAUUGUUCAAUUUAAUUUCAUUUUCUACACACUAAUUUCUGGAAUAGUAUCUUACAAAUGAAGACGAUUAAGAUUAACGGUAAACAAAAGGGUUAAUAUGAUUGUAUGAAUUAAAUCAUCUCUACGAGUGUUAAUCUAUUAGAUGAAUUGUAAAAGGAGAUCGAAGCUGUUUAACUUUAUACAAACUCGAUGACAACAAUUAACUAUUAAAGUGACAAUUUGAUUUAAUUUCUUCUCCAUUCUGAGCUGAUCUAUUGGAAAAUUAAAUGACCAUCACCAUCACCAUGUAUUUGAUACAAUUUGCAAUGUAAUAUAAAUGUAAUACUAAAUUUGAUCCAAUGAUCAUUUGUGCAACUUAACAAUUAACCCGAUUCUUAACCAGAUAAACACAAUUGGAUAAUCCAA